GCGGAAGGUAGCAGGGGUGGCCAUGAUCAUGUGAAGAAGGACGACAAUGUUGGAGAUCAGAUCAAUGAAAAGGUAGACUAUGUGUUCAAGGUGGUGGUGAUCGGAGACUCUGCGGUGGGCAAGUCUCAGAUACUGUCCAGGUUUACCAAGAAUGAGUUCUGCUUCGAUUCCAAAUCCACCAUUGGAGUCGAGUUCCAGACCAGGACUGUCAACAUCAACUCCAAAGUCGUCAAGGCCCAGAUCUGGGAUACUGCUGGCCAAGAAAGGUACCGAGCUGUGACGAGUGCAUACUACAGAGGUGCGCUGGGGGCCAUGUUGGUGUACGACAUUACCAAAAGGCAGUCAUUUGAUCAUGUAGCCAGAUGGGUGGAGGAACUGAGGGCUCAUGCAGAUAACUCCAUCGUCAUCGUGCUGGUCGGAAACAAAGCUGAUCUCGUGGACUUGAGGACCGUGCCGGCGGAGGACGCCGUGGAGUUCGCAGAAAACCAGGGCCUGUUAUUCUUUGAGACAUCAGCACUCAACGGUGACAAUGUGGACGCUGCAUUCUUUAAGCUCCUCGAGGAGAUACACAACGCGGUGUCCAAGAAGUGUUUGGAUAGCCGCGGCGCCGGCGGAAUCAGAGCCAAUGCCACCGACCAAGGUUCCUUCAAGGGUUUGAAAAUUGAUGUCAUUUCUAGUGCAGAAUUUGAAGUCAGUGAGAUGAAGAAAUCGUCCUCUUGCUCUUGCUAAAUAAUUUCAUGUUGCUGUACUUAACUGUCUGUGUAUAUUGAUUCUACUACUGCUACUACUUCACAAGGGAAUAUUGGAGGGAAAAGGAGAGAUCAUUUGAUGCA